CCGAACCAUCAUCACCUCCAGAUAAAACAAACAAUCAAUAAACGCCAACACCAAACGCCAACCCCUCCUCUCUCAACGCCAACCCCGCCUCCCACCAAAUUACAUAGUACCUUGCAGCCUCUCUGCCCCAAUCCCCUCCCUCACAUCCAUUUCCACACGAAAAGAACAUGAGCGACUCGCAUCACCGCAAAAUCGAACUCCAAUCCCCAGCCGACCUAACCUACCUCUACGGCAACACCGUCGCGCUCUCGCGCCAAAAGCUCGACCUCCACCUCCCUCCCUCCGCCAAUCCCAACGAUGGACCGGAUCCGAUGCGCGAACGUGUCCGCGAAUUAGUUGACGAGUACAUCCUCCGCACCUUCACAAGCGCCUCCUACUCCAUCACGAUCAACGGGCUCGAUUCCACCUCCAAAGAAUUCCCCUUCCCCGCCUCAUUCACCGCCCCCACCGAACAGGUCGAGUAUGAGGCGUAUGACGCGAAGCUCGCGGCGCGGGUGACCUCGCUGUACGCGCAGCUGGAGUCGUUGACGACGACCGUGGCGCAGUUGCGGCGGGACGCGCCGGGGCGGGCGGCGAGGGCGUAUGCGGAGCACUUGAGGAGGGUGAUCGAGGAGGAGAUGGAGGAGGCAGAGGAUGUUGAACUUGAACUUGAAGAGGGGGAAGAGGGAGAGCAGGAGAAAAGGGAUGAUGGCAUGAAUGGUGUUGUCGGUGAAGAAGAGGAGGAUAAUGGGUUGAAGGAGGAGAGUGAGGGAGUCAGUCUGGAUAGAGCAGCGGAGGAUCAAGAGAUGACGGGCACGGAGACGGGAACAGCUACGGCAGCGGCAGCAGCAGCGUCGAGAACGAAUGGCGAAGGACGUGAUACGGAGAUGGUCGAUGCACCUGGAGGCGCUGAGGUUGGUGCCAUGGAUGGGUCAACAACACCACCACCAUCAACAACAACAACAAGAAGGUCGGCUCGAUUGGCGCGGCGCGCAAAGUUGCAGGUUCCCCUGGGCACGAAACAUGAGGCGGAGCGCUGGCGCAGUGGCGAUAUGGCGGGAGUCUAUGAGGAUGCCUUGCGCACUCUGCUUCGACUGCAGGGGGAAGCUCUGGCCGGGCAGGCCGCUACAUCAGACGUUGAGGGUGCAGACGGAAACGCUCUGGCUUCGACUGUGGGGAAGGCCGAACGCGCUGGUCGGGCUGUCGAGGUUGUGGAAAAGAAGAAGUGAGGGGGUUGUCUCGAUUUCCCUGCGCCCCCUGCUCUCUCCUUUCUUUCGUUUUCAUUUUGGAUUUCAUUGAAUUUUUCGUUAUCGGUACUGGAAUGGCGUCGGUAGCCUAGGUAGGCUUGGGAUGAUACCAAAUUGAUUGAUGGUGCAUUUUGUUGACUAGUGAAUAGUCAAGAAUUGUU